CCCACAGUAGUGUACAUAACAACUGGACUUAAUUAACAAACAAUUUAAAUGUGUACUGCAGCUGGUCCAAUAUUCAGCGCCAUAUUGAGACAAAAUGUGCACCUGCGUAACGUGUACGCGGUCAGGUCGAUAUCAGAACCGAGAUCCCAAUCACAAUGCCGCGGCCUGAGCACGGAUUCUGGAGCAGCCGUUACAAGGGCUUCUCCUGGAGCGACAGGAGCUCCAAACAGUGUAGCCACAGCUCUAGCUCAAUUUUCGAAUCCCAAAACAGUGAGUGAUUUCCAAGAGCUCUACAAAUCCACAAAAAAGAAGUUUCAAUCCAAAAAGCUACCCGUGGACGUGCAUCCAGAUGCUGUGUUCGCCUGCAACGAGCUCGAUCUCAGCGAGGUGCAGGUGUAUGGCUUCGACUAUGACUACACCCUGGCCUGCUACAAGCCCAUUUUGGAGGACCUCCUAUACAAUUUGGCGCGAGAAAUGCUGGUGAAGCGUUUCAGAUACCCCGAAGAUAUUCUGGAUCUGGAAUACGAGCCGAACUUCGCUGUGCGUGGCCUGCACUAUGAUGUGGAGAAGGGAUUGUUGGUCAAGUUGGACUCAUUCCUGCAGCUGCAGCUAGGCUCCGUCUACCGAGGGCGAACAAAGCUCGGGGCCGACGAGGUGCUCAAGCUAUAUCACAACCGGCUGCUGCCCAUUGCCUAUGUUGAAGGACCGAAUAACAGCUACCGGCACAAUACCAACUCGAAAAUGGUUCAGUUGGCGGAUCUGUUUUCUGUACCAGAAAUGUGCCUCCUGUGCAAUAUAAUCGAAUAUUUCGAACGGAAUCGCAUCGACUACAACCCGGAGAUCGUUUUCCAUGACACAAGAACGGCCAUGGGCUCCUGCCAUCCCAUCAUGCACGGCAAAGUGAUGGUAAACACCGCCAAGUAUAUUGAACGCAAUCCCAAGCUGGUCAAGUUCUUUGAGAAACUUCAGAAUGCGGGAAAGAAUCUCUUUUUGGUCACCAACAGUCCGUUCUCCUUUGUGAACUGCGGCAUGACGUUUCUGGUGGGCGCUAAUUGGAGAGAUUUCUUUGAUGUGGUUAUCGUACAGGCGCGCAAGCCAAAGUUCUUCACCGAUGAAUCUCGGCCCAUUCGGCUCUUUGAUGAGAAGACGAGAUCCCACCUCUGGGAUCGAGUCUCUAAGUUGGAGAAGGGAAAAAUAUACUACGAGGGAUCCGUGCGACAGCUGCAGGAAUUAAAGGGCUGGCGCGGUCAUUCGGUGCUUUAUUUUGGCGAUCAUCCAUACAGUGACCUGGCUGAUGUCACGCUGAAGCACAGCUGGCGGACAGGGGCAAUCAUCAGUGAGCUAGCGCAUGAAAUUAAGACCCUUAACCGAGAGGACUUUAAGAUGAGCGCCAACUGGCUGCAGAUGCUGACGCAGCUCAUCGAGGACACACAGGACGACGAGAGUGAGCCAGCCCAGGCUUGCCUGCGCGAAUGGAUGGAGGAGCGGGAUCAGUUGCGUAACAAGACGAAGAAUGUUUUCAACGAGCAGUUCGGGAGUGUUUUCCGCACGUAUCACAACCCAACUUACUUCUCGAGGCGGCUUUUCCGCUUUGCGGACAUCUACACCAGUGACAUAACCAACUUGCUCAAGUUCUCGACCACACAUACGUUUUAUCCGCGGCGUGGAGUGAUGCCGCACGAAUAUGCCUCGCACUUUAUUUAGACAGAGGCCCAGGUAGGCAGGAAGUUUAGUUUAUGUAGUCGUAGGACAAAAAGUGCCAGUGCCCAAGAAUGCUUGUAGCUCGAAACUAGUGGAAUUUAUAUUGUGUAUAGCGUUAUUUACAUUGUUGCUCAAUAAAAUCGUUGUAAUAGUUCUCGAA